GGUAGGGAAUGGAGAAAGUGGCAUCGGAGCUGCCGAAGACAAUCGUGCGCCGCGUGGUGAAGGAUAAGCUCUCCCGGUGCGCCAAAGGCGACGCCGACCUCAACGUCCACAAAGAAGCUCUCAGCGCCUUCUCCGAGAGCGCCCGCAUCUUCAUCCACUACCUCUCCGCCACAGCCAACGACAUAUGCCGGGGAUCGAAGAGGCAGACGAUCAACGCCGACGACGUUCUGAGAGCGUUGGAGGACAUCGAGUUUCCUGAGUUCGUCGAGCCCCUCACGGCCGUUCUCGAAGAGCUGAGGGAGAAGAAUGCCGGAAAGAAGGCGGGGACAUCGAAGGCCAAGGAAGUGAAGAAGAACAAGAAGAGGAAAUUGGAAGAGCCGCCACCCAAAGAAGAGGAAGAGGAAAUGCAAGAAGAAGAAGGAGAACAAGAGGAAGAAAAUGGAGAUGAGGAUGGCAGUGAUGGUAGUGAAAGCUCGAGCAAAGAGUGAUCAAUUUCUGCUAGUUAUUCGUAUUGAUUUUUAUCUUUAGGGCUGUAGUUUGGAUCUGAAUUGAAGUUCAUGUUUGUUAGAAUGGUUUCCUGAACAAUUACUCGUUCGAUUCGCAAUCAGAAAUCAUGCUUCACGAUAA